AUACCCAAAUACACAAUGACUGGUGGGUCCUCCUCCAUUUUCCCCACCUACUACUUCCUCUGCUCGCGGUCGCCUUCGUCGGAUCGGAUCCACAGCAAGCAGCAACAGCCUGCAGCCGGCAGUCCUCGCCUCCGCCUCCUCCACCCUGACCGUCAACAGAGGAAGACGAGGAUGUCGGGAUCCAAGGUGUACACCCUCGAGGAGGUGGCUAAGCACAACACCAAGGACGACUGCUGGCUCGUCAUCGGCGGCAAGGUGUACAAUGUGACCAAGUUUCUGGAGGAUCACCCUGGAGGCGAUGAUGUUCUGCUGUCUUCCACUGCCAAGGAUGCUACCGAUGAUUUCGAAGAUGUGGGGCACAGCAGCACUGCCCGUGCAAUGAUGGACGAGUACUUAGUGGGUGAGAUUGAUGCAGCCACGAUACCCACCAAGGUGAAGUACACGCCCCCCAAGCAGCCGCACUACAACCAGGACAAGACCCAGGAGUUCGUCAUCAAGAUCCUCCAGUUUUUGGUCCCCCUCGCAAUACUGGGUCUGGCCGUCGCUGUAAGGAUGUACACCAAGUCGGAAUCUGCCUAGUCUCUUGUCAUCAACGCUUCAAACAUCAUUCACAAACUGAAUAAGUUAGUGUUGAAAUGCUGCAAAGAUCAUUAAUUCUGAAACUUGAGUCUUUGCUGUCGUGUGAGACGUACGUCUAUUAGUAUAAAAUCACUUCUAUUUUUCCUUCUUUC